CAGUAUCUGUUGGACUUGUGCUACGUCAACUUGUCUGCAUUCUAACCUCCAAGUUUGUUUACUCCUCCAAAAAUUCCACUUUCUAACACGAAAACUAUCUACAAAACAUCAUGCCGCCAUUAUCAAAACUACCGCUGCGUUAUUUGGCGCAAUAUUGCAAUGUUUUGCACAAAAACGUGGUGGUAAAAUUAGUUUAGGAAACGGUGCGUGUACCUUAUUCUUUAGCCUGAGUUUAGAAUGGUGUCGGUUUAGGUUUUGUGAAUGAAUGAGUCUUCUGCCAUCUGUGUGUUGCUGUUUCUUCGUUCAAACUGCUAAGCUGUAGUUUAAUAAAAUCUCCACUCAAAUUUGACCUUAACCUUUGAGGAAUUCGUCUGCUUUGGAUUGCAUAGUACAGACUCCUUGACAACAACAAUGUCCUCGCCGUCCGUAUGCUGUCCACCGCCCGUGCCUCGUGACAGUCUUCGGCUGGCUCUCAACCGCAGUCUUAGCGAACCUGCCACUUCCUCCUCAUCAUCAUCAUCAUCCUCCUCCUCAUCCUUGGCCUCCUCACCGUCGGCGAAGCGCUUCAAACUGGAAUCGGUGAGUCUGCCGGCCAGCCCGUGUCAGGAGAGCGCCACACUGCAAAAGGCUCUCGUCAUGAAGAGGGUCUGCGGACUGUCGGCUGACGCUCUGGUGCCGAAACUGGAUCGUUGUCUGGUCGUCGACUGUCGGCCGUUUCUCGCCUACAAUGUCAAUCAUAUUCGCGGCUCCAUCAAUGUCAACUGCUGUGAUCGGUUCAAUCGCAGGAGACUGCAACAGGGCAAAGCAACCCUAGCCGACCUGGCAACGACGCGGGAAGGCAAGGAUCUACUGCGCAGACGUGUGUUUCGGGAGGUGGUGGUCUACGACGAGGCGACAGAUGACGUCAGCCUCCUCUCCCCCGCGCAUCCACUCUACCUUGUUCUCACCACCCUAAUCGACGAUAACCGACAGCCUGCACUCCUCUUAGGUGGCCACAAAGAGUUCCACCGCCGCCACCGCGACCUGUGCGAGGACGCUCUGCUACCGUCGCCGACUGCGGCGGGCCCGUCCACACCUUCGACGCCCCUCGGCAGUGACUCCCUGGGCCCCGGCACGACGCCACCCUCGCAGGUGCUGCCCUUCCUGUUCCUGGGGAGCGCCUCGGACGCCCAGGAUGCCGAUUGUCUGGCGCGGCUGGGUGUCGGCCGGGUGCUGAACGUCAGCUGUCAGGCGCCGCUGCGACCGACGCUCACCACUAAACAUCUACCAGCUGAUGAUAGUGGACACCAGAAUCUCAAGCAGUACUUCGAGGAGGCCUUCCAGUUUAUUGAAGAAGCAAGAACGUCAGGCUCGAGCGUGUUGGUCCACUGCCAGGCGGGCAUCAGUCGGUCACCCACAAUGGUCAUCGCCUACAUCAUGAGGCAUCGUCAACUCGGCAUGAUGGACGCCUACAAACUGGUCAAAUCCGCACGGCCCAUCAUCUCACCCAACUUCAACUUCAUCGGACAACUGCUCGAGUUGGAACAAGGCCUGCGAGCCGAGCUGGAACAAGGCCUGAGGAAAGCUGCGGCCGAACAAGGCCUGCGCGCCGAGUUGAAACAAGGCCUGAGUGCCGAGCUGAAGCAAGGCCUGCGCGCCGAGCUGGAACGAGGCCUGCGUGCCGAGCUGGAACAAGGCCUGCGGACGGCCGCUGUCAAACAAGGCCUGCGAAACGAACAAGGCCUGAGGACCGCGUCGGCUGUGACGUCAUCUAGCGACUGCAAGCCACUUAUGCACCAUCAGACGUGGACGACCAUUCAGCCAGUGAGUGAGGAGGUCACCUCUGGAUGUAGCGUUUAAGAUUCUAUUAAUCAUUUAUUGUAAUUUUUUCAAAAGGAACCGAGGUGGUUUCUCAGAGAGAAUCAAGGAUAUUUACUGUAGUUUUCUGAGAAAAACUAGGUAAUUGUUGUACUUUGUCGAAGAAAAUUGAUUGUAAACACUUCCUACAUCAAGGAAGUUUGAAGAAUAUUGUCAAAACCUUAAGAAUUCCUGUCAGAUUCGAGUGAAUUCAUUGAAGUUAUCAAAGAAAAUUGAUUGUAAACUUCGAGUACAUCAAGGAAGUUUGCAGAAUAUUGUCAAAACCAUGAGAAUUCCUUUUAGAUUCGAGUGAAUUCAUUGUAGUUAUCAAAGAAAAUUGAUUGUAAAACUCUGAAACUCUGACAAAAUCAAAUGAGUUUAUGAAACCAACAGAUUUGUUCUAAUUCUCAAUAGAAAUCGAGAAUAUUUAUUGUAGAGUCAGAAAAUAUCGUGAAGGUUUGUAAAUUUGAUCGAAAUUGAGUGAGUUUUGCAAAUACUUGAGGGAAUUUAACUUGAGUUCAAGCAAAAUGAAGGUUUGUAGAUCUUUGAUCAAGGAAAUGUUUGUAUACGAAACAACCAAGAGAAUGUAAUGUAAACCAAGGAAUAUUAAGAUAGUUGGUAGAUUUGUGAAAGGUCAACCAAAUUUUGAAAAGUUCUCAAAGGAAAUUGAGGGAGCUUGUUGUAGUUUUUGUAGAUAAUUGAGGGACUUUUUUCACAGUUUUUGUCAACAAAGUCAAGAGAAUUUGUUGUGAUAUCUGUGGAAAUUGAGGAAUUUGUCAAAAAUAUAAAGUAAAUCACUUAUAUUUCUCAAGUUUUGCAUCUUUGAGUAACAUGUAUUGAGUAAAAGUGAGCUUCAGUCUGAUGCUUGUACUAGAAAUUUAAUUUAAAAUAAAGUUAUAUUUUUUAAGAAUAUUUAUUGAUUAACACUAUAGAAAUAAGAAAUUGAAAUUAUAAUUUAAUCACCUGGAAAAAAAUGGAAAUCAUUUCAUAAUUUAUGAUGAAAAGUUGAAUGUGGACCUAGAAACCCAGAUAGAUAUUGUAUAGAAUUGGAAGAUAUGUUUGAAAGUAAACAUUUUUCAAAAUUGUUCAUGAUGAAAAUAAGUUAAUGGUGAGACAUUUUUUUUAUUAUUUUCUAAUAGCAGCAACGUUCUUGUAUCAUGUUGAAGUUGUAUUCUUGUCAAAUUCUUCUUGAAAACUCAAUUUUUUGUUUUAAUUUUCAAAAUCAGUUUCUAGUUCUACAUAGUUUUGUAGAAAUUUAGUUGAUAACUUCACUACUAGUCAUCAGAAAAUCUAAAGGUGCGUACAGAUAUACGGGCCGCGAACAUGAGCAAUUCACUUUUAAUCAGCUGACUAUAUCUGUAUUUUUACAGAAACGGUAAGAUACAGAUAUAAAAAGCUUGUCAUCAGCUGAUUAAAAGUGAAUUGCUCAUGUUUGCGGCGCGUAUAUCUGUACGCACCUUUAGACAAGUUUCAGGCAUCAGACUGAAGCGUUGUAUAUCAAAAGGCCCAUAUGCUUAACAGCAGUUUAAUCAUAAGCCCAGUUUAAACUUAAACCAUCAGCUGACCCAAUUGAAGCAUCAUAAUAAAUGCGACCAACGCUUGAUUUAAUCCUGGAUUAACUUAAACUAGAUUUAAACUGCUGUUUAGCAUACGGACUGGUUAAGAUAAGAUAUCCUCGCGCUGAUUGUAAUCGAUUUGAGAUUAAGAUAAUCUAAGAUUUGUUUUAAGUCAAUGAGCCCCAUAUUGUCAGGGGUAAGCCUUAACAAUUUCCCGAUCUUCUGUCAGUCUUGUCGGAAGUAUAAUAAUUAUUGUCAUGUAUAUAGAAAACUCGGAAUGUAUAUUAUUUUAUCUCUUUGUAAAAUGUUGUAUUGAAACGAAAAUUUGAGUGGAGAUUUUAGACAACUUGCCUUAUCAAUUUGACCAGCUGUAGAAAGCUUAAUUUAUUUUUAAAUAUUUAGUGAUAGCCCUUGGAAUCGUGUCUGAUAAUCAUAUUAAGAACAGGACUUAAAUUGAAAUUCAGAUAAGAAAACUUAGUUUCAUUUGAAAUUUCAGGUUUUAUCAUUCUAUCUUCAAUGAGAAAUAUUCUUUUCAACAAAUCAUUUUUCUUAUUGAACUUGAUUAAUGUAUCAUCAAAAGUAUGAUAUAGCUUACUAAGAAACAAUUUGAACAAUUCAACACACUGUUGAUAAAAUAUAUUAAAUUUGUUUCUUAAUCCAAUUCUGAUAUUCAUUUCAGUUUAUUACUAGUUUUCAUGAUCAUAUACUGUAUUUUCAUCACAAAUCAUGAACUUUUUCUGAAUAUUUUUAUUCCACCGAAAAUGAAGCACAUUUUUCACAAUCAUUUUUUUCCACUUUCAGUUAUUUUCAAAAAUAUAUCUAACUUCAGUUUCAUAUAAUAACAUGUGAUUGUUCUUAUAGACUUUGCUGGCCUUUCUCUGGACCAAUAUAUACAGCUUUAACGCUUUUCUAAAUAAAUGAAUGGGUGAAUUUUCACAAGAAACUCGUUCAUUAUUGGUUAAAUCACAAAAAAUAUAGAAUAUUUCUGUUCUCUUGCCUUGUAUGAAUGUGAAAUUUGUAUGAUGAAAUUGUAAAUCUGAUUGUGUUUUGACUCUUGGAUGUGAGUAACAAUACAAGAUUGAAGGGUUAUUGCUUUAGAUAAUAAUAAUACGUAGAAAUGAGUCAUCAACUAUUAUAUUGUUGUAGUUUCUAGGUGAUAAUCUUAUUAAUAUCAUAGACACUGUGGCCUGUAUUUUCAAGUAUGAUGUUCCAUGUAAUGAUUUUGAGUUUUUACUAUUGUAUUUUAUUUUGAGUCAAUUUUAAACUGAUUUAUGUAUAAAAUAUUGUAAAACUAAUUGGCAAGCCGGUUUGGUUCAAGUAUUAUUAUGAAAAUGUGUGAAGGAAGUAAACAAGGAUUUGUUUUAUGAAGUGUAAGAUUUUCCUUUAUUUAUUGACUGUAUUAAUAUAAUAAUUAUGUCUACACAAUCGUUUAAUAUUGUAGGAAUUUGUAUUAUAUAUUAAUAAUUCACUUGUGUAUAUUGUUUUUGUGGACCUGUCAAUGGAGCCUGUAUAAUCACAAUAAUAUUCUAAACUAUAUCAAAAUUUUACACAUCUUACCAUUUUCAUAAAAUCAAACCAAAUAAAUGAAGUGUUGUUGUAUAUGGGAACGUGUGUUUAUGGAAUUUGUAGACUUCAUCAGUUAGUGCGUAUUAUUAAUAUUUGGAAAGUUUAUUUUAUAUCUUGAAACCUAUUUUUUGUAAGAAAAAUAAAAUGUUACCAAAGAGUUUAAACUUGAAA